GAACACAGGGAGAAAUAUUCCACAAACUUGCAACCAGGAAGUGCUGCGGGGAAUCCCGUAUGUGAACUUUGAGGUUUGUUCACUCUCUGCACGUCUGGCUUCUUCUUGUUUGAACACAUCCAGCUCCUGUACAGCUGAGAGCAGCAAAAGCCUCAGAAGCCUCCACCUCUCAACCCAGCAUCCCACUUAAGUACCGCAGCCAGGCGCUGCUGCCCUGCAAGGCCAAUGUUCGCCCUAAAUUUGAGCAAAACCCUGCCAAGGAGGUGCGUAAGAAAUACAAGGAGCAAGGGGAGAGGCGGCAGGACGGAUGAAGAAGGCUCUGUCCUGUCACUAACACGGCUUUGUCUGCUCAGCCUCGCCGACAACAUGAAGGACGUGUGGGUGAAAGACUACGCUGACAAAUACCUGGAUCAGUAUUCAUUCAGGCACAUUAUGGGACCUUUCAACCUCCUGCCUGGAGAACUGGUUGAGGAGCUCACGCAGCUGCUGUGCACCAGAAAACAAUUGUCCCGCGCGGCCCUCCACCUUCUGCUGGUCCCCCAGCUUCGUGGCCUGUCACUGGAAAGCUGUCCUGGUCUGGUCACCUCCGCCCUCUGUGCCCACAUUACUGCACGCUGCCAGGGUCUGUGUAGACUGGAUCUAUCUGGGGCCCAGCAGCUGCCCUCAAAGGUCCUGUGUGAAACUCUCCGCUGUCUGCCUGCCCUCCGCUCGCUCUCCCUGGCUGGUAUGCCUUGUGACGCAUGUGUGAUCAGCACCAUUGCCCAUCACUGCCGUUUCCUGCGCCACCUCGAUGUAUCCUGCUGUCAUUUCCUUUCCCCUGCUGCACUACUUCCUCUUGGAGGUGGUGCCGUCUGCUCAUCCUCUGCUCGUCCUUCAAGCUCAUCAUUUUGGCGCACCUCUACAUCUCCACCUCCUAGUUCCUCUUUCUCCUCUGCCCCCUCACCCUCCGUCUCUUCAGCCCUGCCUCCUCUCCCCCUCAGUAGUCUACUGGCUCUGGAUAUUGGGUUUGGGGAAGAAGAUGGAGACAAUGCGGUGGCUGCAGCCUACCUACUACUCUCUCUGCCUGGGCUUGAGAGAGUGGCCAUGGAGGGCCUUGCCCAGGCCUGCUGUCUCAUUGAGCACAGAGAGUUUAAGCAGACAGACGAGUUCAGUUACAGAGAAGGAGUUCCGAGGCUGGAAGAGGUGUGGAGGGAGAGGAGGAACAGGCAGGGGAUCGAUAGUUGGAGGAAGAAGAGAGAAGACGCAGCAGCAGGGGUUGAGGAAGCUGAUGAUGAGGAGGAGAUAUUGUGGGAAGACUAUUGUGGUGAGAGUGAGAAAGAUGCAUGUACAGAUGAGGAGCCAAGUUGCUCACUGAAACAAGCAGAGGAAAAAAAGCGAGGGAGAGUUUUGUCAGAGUCGGGUGAUGAACACCUGAUCCUGCACCUAAAAGAUGUCAAGGGUGUUACUUGGGACUGUCUGGAGAGUUUAAGCCGUUUAUGUCCAGACAUCUGCUCCAUAUCCAUGAACGCUGAUGAUGAAUCAAGUACGGGUAGAAGGAGUGGGUCUGUGUUAGCUGCAGCCCUCCGGACAUGGUCAGGCCAGCUGCUGAGCCUCUCAGUACAAUUCCCUGGCCCUCUGGUGGAUCUGCUUCCUGCCAUCCAAGUUGUAGGCUCCUCCCUGGUCUCUCUCACCAUGGAGGGUGUGAAAACCAGCCCCCAAACCCCUCUACUGGAGGUCAUCAAGUCCUGUCCCAGACUCAGAGACCUAACCAUCUUUGCUGAGCCUCCCAUCAUGCCAGAGGAGGAAAAUGGGGAGUGGGAUCGGUGGGAUGAUCGGGAUCUGCCACAGCUGCCUCACCUCUCCUCUCUCACACUCAAAUUCUCUUACAGUCACAGCCAAAUGAAACCUGCCAUGUCCUGGAUGUCCCUGAGGAAGACGCUCAAGUGUCUCCUAAUUGGUUCUCCUUUACUGGAGAAGCUAACACUGGUCUCCCUGCCGUGCCCUCUGGACUGUGUUUUAAAGUGUGUAUUGGGCCCACACCUAAACCCCCGUAUGGAGUUUACAGACGUACCCCCCGUGCCACUCAGACGAGUACAGCACAUUACACUGCAGCGGACAGAUGUGACGAUGGUAACAGUGAAAAACAUAAUUCAACACAGCAAGAGACUCAAGCUUGUGGAUGUGAGAUACUGCUGGCAGAUCAGUAAGGUUGAGUGGCUGAGCUGCAUGAAGUCCAGUGAAGUGCAGGUGGUCUGGGUGUAAAGAAUAAAGUGUAUUGUUUUGAAUUCAAAUAUAAAUAUAGCACAAUGCAAAUGUACAGUGUCAACUGUAUUAGUAGAGUUGACAAUGUGGAACUAUCACUGCUUAUAUUGAGAGCCCGAGCAGCGACCAGUGUGUGCAGACCCUAUUGGAUUUUGUAUUUUUAUCCUUCCAAUGAAUCCCAAAUUUGGCGUCCUAAACUUUUGAAAUCACAUUACAAUCUAAAAACCUUGAUGAUGAAAAGUUGUGCACUUAGUGAGUUUUUGUUUCACCGUGAAACAAUAAGUGGUUGUAACUUCAGUGUACACUCUCCAAUCUGCUCCAAACGUGUGUAUGAAUACAUGUUCCUUUUUUACCUGGAACACUUGAAUCAGUCCAAGAUUUGAUUAUGUUUGAUCAAAAAUGUCUCUUCCUCGUUUGAUGUUGUUAAAAAUGAAAACAGAAUUGCGGGUGGCCAACUGUCAACUUUACAACCACACCAGGAACACUAUAGUUCACAGUAUCAUUUUUAAUCAUCAUCAUACAUGGAUAUGUUACUGAUGCCAUGCUUAGAAUCACGUAGAGAGAGAUGGAGAAUUAAGAUUUUUUGAGAAAUAAUAUAUUUUGAGAAUGCAGUUUUGUUACCGACACAGUGUUUGCCAGACUCAGUGCAGACGUCCUGCAGAAAAACAUCUGACUGUUGCUAAUGGAAGUGGCCUUUAAUGUCUUCCCCAAACACUUUAUUACACAGCACACACAACACUAUAUUUCUGACACGCAGUUGUGAUCAGCAGUGAGAGCUUUCAUUGAAUGAAUUUUUGCUAAUUUCACAAUAAAUUAUGUAUGAUA